AUGGUUUCUAUCUCCGAGCAGAUGGCACGUCCUCCAGCACCAGCUGCUCAAAGCACUGCUCAAGCAGGACCAGCGGUCCGUCAAAAUACAUUUGGUCAGGGUCCAGGACCCCAAUUCAGGUUUUCUCAGGGUGUAUGGGCUCACGAAGGGUCAAGUACCAGUGGUAAAAAGAACCGACCGCCACGAGCCCAGCAGAGCAGUUCUGGGUCCGGGACUGGGAAAGGAGGGUCGACUAAAGUGAAAGUCGAUUCUCUGGCAGAUAUUGAAGCAGCUCUGAAAGAACUGGAAAUGGGGAGUACUAAUCACGAGGUGUGUGGAUGUAUGGCUACUCGACAUCCGCUGCUUGAAAUAGCGCCUAAUUGCUUGAAUUGUGGACGUAUCAUUUGCACAAAAGAAGGACUGGGCCCUUGCUGUUUUUGUGGGUCUCCUCUUAUUAGUAAUGAAGAACUGCUGGAAAUUAAUCGAGUUCUACAAUUAGAAAAAGAACAACUUACAGCUGGCAUGAGUAAGAAAGCUUUGAGACAAGCAGGAAUUGAUCCAGGAAAGGCACUUUCUGAUAUGGGACUUAAACCCAAUAAAAAUGAAAAAUCGUUAGAAGAUGCUCAGCGACGUUUGAAUACACUUUUAGAAUUCCAAGAGUCGAGUGCUCAACGAACCAAGAUCAUUGAUCAAGUCAGUGAUUUUGAAACCCCAUUCCAGGGAGUUAAUAAAUGGGCGUCGCCAAUUGAGCAGGCUCAACAAUUAAAACGUCAGCAACAUCAAUUGCGGAAAAUGCAUGAACAACAGCUACAGAGAUCAGGCAGAGGGAAAAAAGUCAUUAGUAUUGACUUGAAAGGCAAUAAAGUGUAUAUGACGGAAUCUGCAGAGCCUUUGGAAAGUGAGGGAGAAGAAGACGAAUUAAGCGAAGGAGUUUCAACAGAAGCACAAACAAAUUCAACCUCGGAUAAAGACAAAAAGAAACCUCUCAACUCUUGGAACCCAAAUUCAUACGGAAAAUCCUUCAUUAAACCAGUGUACCGGCCAGUAGCCGGUUCGGGAAAACGGCAACCAAACAGCAUCUUAAAGAAAAUUGGCAUUGAUGAAAUUACUGGAUCACACAGCCGUCUCAACGCAGAGGACGACGAGACACGAGUGUUGGAAAUGUAG